AAUUUGUUAGGUAAGAUGAUGUUGUCAACAUAAGAAUGAGUAUAUAAAUUUUACAUGGUUUUAACGAACAUCUUAGGUUUGAUCAACUGGUUUGUUAAUCAACUUAGUAUGCCUCAGGAGAUAAAGGUGAAAGUCAGCAUGCAUUGUCAAAAAUGCAGGAAGGAGGUAAUGAAGACUGUCACUAAAUUAUCUGGUGUUGAUGAGGUAUCGGUGGAUUUAAAGAAGGAGAUGUUAGUUGUGAUUGGGGAUGUUGACCCUGUUUGCGUCGCAACUAGCUUGAGAAAGAAACGGAAGGUUGCUAAUAUUGUAAGUGUUGGUCCAUACAAAAAGAAGGAUAAGGAAGUCAAUAAACCUGUUGGAUUUCCAAUGAUGUAUUGUAACACUCCCUAUUAUGAUGGAUAUGGACGUUUCGUAUAUGGGUAUCCGCCAACCCAUGAUGCUGGAGGUUGCAACAUUCUCUAGAUGCUUUUGUACAAUAGCACUUUCUAAACAUUGUCAUGGAUUUUAGCCUUUUAGGUGUAAUAAUUGUCUAUUAAUUAAUAAUUUGCUCUA